GAACAGUGCCGGGAAAUACAGCAGAGGAACUCCACCGGUCCUGAUGUUGGAGCUGAUGUCAGUGUGAGAACUAUGUUAAUCUAUGUGAGUGUUUCCUGUCCUCUCUUCCUCAUUUGAGUUUACAUCAGAAGCACUCUGAGCCAAGAGAUCCUAUUUGUGACUUUUUCUUUGGACCACAAGACCCCACGUGAUUGUGGGAUUUAUCUAUACUGAGGUUAAUCAUUACUUUUCUGGUCAUUUGAAAUGCAUUUCCAGUGUAGGAGGAUCCUAAAGGCUGACUACUGAGAUUUUUUCAUCCUCUGACAAGAGGGUAGCCGAUCCUGUUUUCUGCUUCUACUACUCAUUCCUUGAGGGACAUAGCCCCUAGUCGUUCAUAAUGAAGUUCAACUUGUUCAGAAGGCCUCAGGCCGUUGCGGCUGCUGAGCCAACCAGUGCCACCACUGUGACCAUGGCUCCCUCGCUGGUUUCAAUCACUACUCCGGCUUCAGACACCUCAGGCUCCAACAACACAGAGAUUAGCAAGAAUGACAUGUUUGAAGAGAUCAAAACCAAAUUCUUCAAUGAAAUUGAUAAAAUUCCACUUCCUCCAUGGGCUUUGAUUGCUAUUGCUGUGGUGGCGGCAUUGCUUGUCCUUACUUGUUGCUUCUGCAUCAUUAAAAAAUGCUGUUGUAAGAAGAAGAAGAACAAAAAAGGAAAGAAGGGCAAAGACGGCUUUAACAUGAAGAACAUGCAAGGUGGCGAGAAACACCAGGAUGAUGAUGAUGAAGAAGAAGGAGAGACCGGGAUGACAGAGGAGGAGAAAGAGGAGGAGGAGAAGGAACAAGAAAAACUGGGAAAGCUGCAAUACUCUAUUGAUUAUGACUUUGAAAAUACAAAGCUCACAGUCGGCAUUCUUCAAGCUGCAGAUCUGAUGUCCAUGGACUCGGGUGGAACCUCUGACCCUUACGUUAAGGUCUUUCUUCUCCCCGAUAAGAAGAAGAAGUAUGACACCAAGGUGCACAAGAAAACAUUGAAUCCAGUCUUCAACGAGACCUUCGUUUUCAAGGUACCCUACGACGAGCUGGGUGGAAAGACUCUAGUGAUGUCAGUUUACGACUAUGACAGAUUUUCCAAACAUGACGUCAUUGGGGAAGUGAAGAUACCCAUGAACACCAUUGAUCUUGGACGUCCGAUUGAAGAAUGGAAGGACCUGGAGAGCGCUGAUCAAGAGGAGCCUGAGAAACUAGGAGACAUCUGCAUCUCCCUCCGCUAUGUUCCCACGGCUGGGAAACUCACCGUCUGCAUCCUGGAGGCAAAGAAUCUGAAGAAGAUGGACGCCUGUGGCUUGUCUGAUCCGUAUGUGAAGAUCCAGCUACUGCAGGGAGGAAAGCGCCUGAAAAAAAAGAAGACAACUGUAAAGAAGAACACCCUAAAUCCAUAUUACAAUGAGUCAUUCAGCUUUGAAAUCCCACUGGAACAGAUGCAGAAAAUCUUGGUGGUGAUCACAGUGUUUGAUUAUGACAAAAUAGGUAAGAACGACGCCAUCGGGAAGAUCUUUGUUGGCAGCAAGGCUACAGGUUUGGGUCUUAAGCACUGGUCAGACAUGCUAGCAAAUCCCCGCCGCCCCAUUGCCCAGUGGCACCCACUGCAGCCAGAGGAAGAUAUCGAUGGUCAACUUGCAGCACUGGCAGCAAAGAAGUAACAAGCUUCAUUAACCAGCUAUUACCUGGAAAACCAUCCCUACUUUGCAUGAAUCCUAUGACCUAACAAAUGACUGCUUGACAUAAAUCCCGCUCGGCAAAAAAGAGACAUCUUAGGAUAACUUCUUAUGUACAGUUAAUUUGAUGAAAACUCUUUUCAAGCACCAGGUCUCAGUUUAUACUUAGAAGGUUAGAGUUCAGUUAUUAGGUCCAGAUAGUAGUUUAUGAAUGAUCAGAUUCUAGACUUUUUCAUUUAAAAGCUUAUUUACAGGGUGCUAAAAAUGGGUGAAAAUAACCUUAAUCACUAUAUUGGAUAAAAGCUUUAGUUUAGUUUAUGGAGCAUGCUUUACUUGCCUCCCUUCUGUGGUCUACUCUGCGCAGAGCAUACCUAGCGAUGUAUGUUGCUUAUAAGUGUGCUGUGCCCUAAAAUAGAAAGUGUGACAGUCUGGAGCAAAGGGCUGGUUUACAUUCAUUAGCGUUAGCAGAUUUUUCUAGAAUAAAUCAGGUUGAAGUCACUAAAUGCAGCAGCAGGUGCUGCGGUUUCUUUUCAACUAUUAUAUUUCAAUAUUUCAUUCACUGUUUAGCAAGACUCAUAUAUGGUCUGAUAUGUGUCACCUGUUUCUCUUACCAUGAAGAUACAUCUAUGCAUUUAGGAUUAAAACAAAAAUGGCAGAUCAGAUGCAGAUUGGACAUAUGAGUGUGCCUUCCUGAUAUGACACUUGAGACGUAUUAAACUGGUUUAACUGUUUAUGUUCAAGAAGCUGAAUCUUAUUUAAAAGACUGUGGUUGUGCCAUCUGCUUUAAGACUUAAGCUAUGUUCACCAUAUGGGUUUUAACAUCUAUGAAAUAAGUACAGAGGGUUGCAGAUUAUGCUUAUGCUCAAAUAGAUACACGUUGCUUCCUUUAAAAUGCUGCUAUUACAACUUUUUUUUUCUUUCUGAAUCCAUUGUACCUCUUUGGUUGGUGUGUCAUACUUUUACAUGCACUCUCUGUCAGAGGUGAAACCUUUUUUAUAGAGAAGGGGAUUAGAAAUGUAAAAUGUAGCCUCUUGUUUUAAAUGAAUCUGAAUUCAUGUAUAAAAUGCAACUUUGUAGACUAUUAACAUGCAACUGCUGCAUCAUACAUGCAAAAAAGUCCAUCUUGUGGACCGUGGGCUUCAACCAAAUAAAGCUGAUCAGCUAGAAACAAGCUUUGGGAUCCAGUUUCACAACCUCGUCAUAGACAACUUGUAGUUACAAAAUCGUGUGUACAUACAGCCACUGGUUUGAUUAAUCCGAUCCGAUUUUUUUAAAUUAAAAUUAAAAGCCCUCUGACGACAAAAGCUUUUUCCUCCAAACUAAUAUAAAAUGAGGAGAAAGGGCUUCCUGUCCAAUUAAAUCAGAUCAAAGGUUCUCCUAAAUUUUAACACAAAUGAAAGAAAAACCUGAAAAGGACAGUGUUUGUUUAUUUAUUUGGUAAAUUUUUUGACAUUUCCUCAAGCAUAUUUUUUUUAUCUUUGAAGCAGCUAACUGAAGAUGAGCCUCAGAAUGCUAGUGAGUCAAUCCAAAGCUCUUCCAUCCGCUGCAGAAAUUAUGCAUAAUGCUAAGUUGUUAAUAGUCUACAGCAUGUAAUUACAACAUGGUGUAAAUAUGUGCAUGUUUUAAAGUUAAUCUAUAUGAUGUGUAUGUGUGUGUUUGUGUUCAGUGUCAUUUUUGAUAAUAAAAUGGAGCAAAAACAAAGAUAUGCAAUGAUCUACAGAGUAUGUAUUUUUUCUCAAUGGGCCUGAGUGUAUGCUUAGAUAAUCUGUGUUUAACGUUAACAGUGUGUUUGUUUGAUGUGUUCAUUGUUCAAUAGUCAAAGUCUUCAAAAAUACAGCAUGAAUGUGUGUUUUAUUUAAAUUGUUUCAUAGGUGUUACAAUACAGUAUAAUCUAACUGAAAAUCAGUUAAUGUUAAUUUAGGAUAGCACUGUGUGUUUGUUACUAAGCAGCAGACUGUAAAUAUGUAAACCCCCUUUGUCUUAAUGCCCCCUAAGUGAUUUCUAUGUCCAUUCCUGCCAAUGAGAGUCAGAUACAGAAAUAUAGUAAAGUGUUUUAGAUCCUCAUCCUACAUUUUUGUAUGUAAAUGUUACAUGCGCUUAUUGACUUCUUAUCAUCUUCUGUUUCUGAUUAUCACACAAUAUUGUUGUUGUCUUGUUCAGCAUGGGUCUUUUCAUCAUCAAUGUUGUUAUUUUUCACAGAGAAAAAGAGAUGGCAUUGCUACAGCUCUGCAUGCUCUGAUUUGUGUCUUUGUUUCCAACCUUCUUCUGUAUGUUAUUUCAACACCCACUAAAACCCUACUCCUUGUGGCAUAUUCUACAUAAACAUUAGGCAAUGUCAUCUCAUCUGAGGAGCUCAGAGAGAUAUUAAAAAUAAUUUUGCAAAGUGAAUUUAAUUAAUCUUUGUGCAUAGCAUCUCUUAAAAAUCCAUACAUUUUAUGUUUCAGUUUACUGAAAGUUAUUUUGGAACUGUUGCACGUAGAAUUGUUUUUGCAAUAGAGACAACAAAAUCUCACGUCUUCCUGGGUCGAUGAAGUACAAAGCAGACCUGAACUGUGAAAAAUCAACUCCCACAAAAAAAUACUUCCAACGUCCUCUUCAGAUUCAACUAUCUUUUUGGAAAUUAUAUCACAAACAGAAUACCAUCGUGUUCUCUUAUAAGAGAAAAGAUGAACACUUGUCUCUUUUCACCAUUGUUUUUUUGAGUUUUAGAUUUGUGAUGUUCACAAUUUUUUUCUCUUAAGUGGAAAGAAAAAAAGAAACGACUAAAGAACACGGAAAAAUAAAUCAAUUCUAGUAGGUUUGAAGCACCCAAGGGAGGGAUAUAUACCUGUGUGUUGUCAAACUGUUCUCAUAGAAA